CUGCCUAUUCCGUGAUUAUCUAUUAUCUAGCAAACUAAGUCGAUUGAUUUUGGUCUUAACUGAAAGCAGACAGAAAGUAGGAAUUGAUUCGGUUUUCUCAAGCGAAGGAAGAGUCACUCGGGAAUGAGUCCCCCUAGCUCCUUAGUUAGGUCUCAGUUCUAAUUAUCCUGGGUUGAUUUACUUUUGAUUAAACUGCGGAAGAUCCGACAGUAGCUUGGAAUCUCUUAAGUCGAUUGAUUAAACUGCGACCAAGUGUAAUCGCAGUCCGGAAAUGCAGUAAAGUGGCAAGUUCUAAAUAUCAACCCGGGGUCUAGAUCUACUGCCUACUCCGUGAUUAUCUAUUAUCUAGCAAACUAAGUCGAUUGAUUUUGGUCUUAACUAAAAGCAGAAAGAAAGCAGGAAUUGAUUCGGUUUUCUCAAGCAAAGGAAGAGUCACUCGGGAAUGAAUCCCCCUAGCUCCUUAGUUAGGUCUCAGUUGUAAUUAUCCUGGGUUGAUUUACUGUUGAUUAAACUGCGGAAGAUCCAACAGUAACUUGGAAUCUCUUAAGCUGACCAAGCCCUCUCAGUCUAACUACCCGGCAGACGACUAGUCUUCACCGGGAUAGAAAGCUGAAGCAAUAAGCACAGAACUCCACUACUGGAAUGAUGAAGCUAACUCUCGUAUAACCAAUCCACUACUAAGGAAUGAUCAAGCUCUAACAACCUAAUCAGAUUCUAUCUAUCUCAGGUUGCAGCAGAAAUCAAGAAAAGCUGAUCUCACUUCAAUUAAUUCAAUGAAACAUGCAUCAUUCGAUUAAAACCAAACAGUAUAAUCAUCCCAAGUCAUUACAAUCAAGAUCCUAACACAUGGAACUAGGGUUCUUCAUACCCAAGUGAGAGAAGUGUUCUACUCCAUAGAGAGAGAGAGAGAGAGGAAAACAGAAAUCAGAGUAGUCAUACUCAUAAAGAUGAGCAAAAUCUGAUCUGGGAUGUCAAUCUUCACUCCUGGGGACGCAAUCUGGGCUUCAAUGGUGAGAAAUCCACUCCAAAUAGCUCCUAGGGUUUGUUCUUCGCCCUUUCUCUCUCUAAAACUCUGUUUUUGCUCUCAAAAGUCGAUCCCCUCAGUUCCGCCCGUGUUUUGGGCCAGUGUUGGACAAUCUUGGAUCAAGCCUCGGCAGUAAAAACACAGCCCAGGAACACGGCCGUGCUUUGAUUUAGGCGCGCCCGUGCUUUGGCUCCAGCUUGUCCGAAUGACUUCCGAAUGCCUUGAAACUCGUGCUUAGCCUUUCCUUCGACGUCUAGGACCUGAAAUAUGACAAAGUAGCACAACCCGGCGUAAAAUAGGCCAAAAAUACACUACUAUGCCCCACAAACGGAUAAGAACUAGGGGGUGCAAAUAUGUGCAAUUACAUCGUUAUCAGUCACACUCCCAGGGCUCCCCUCCCUAGCUGCCACAGAAUGAGCGAUAAUGUUGUGGAUGAUACGCCAUGGGGGGAAGAAGAUCAUUCCCUUUAUAGUGGGCAGUGUCAGACUUUGCCACAUGGUUUUGUUUUACCGUUCUCCACAUAGCAUUGACCAAUGGUGCUCUUGGUGAAUAUAUUUUCUCUGAAAUCAAACCAUGUCUAUCUGUAGUGAGAAAUCCUGGUGGGUGUAUCUAGAGUUCCUCUGUGAACUUAGUGAUGCUCAUCUGUCUCGCCUGUCAUCCAAGGCGAAAACUUAUGUUGUCUUCGGGCUUGUCGAGGUUAAACUUGGACAUAUAGUUGAUGGAGAGAGUGUUGAGGACAUCAAUGGUAAGCUCUCGGUAGAUGACCUCAUUGAUGGAGAGAACCUCACACCAUGCCGGGAGACGGAGGCAUGUGCAAACGGGGUCCGCUGCUCCGAGGCGCUCUAGGAGAUCCCAAUCAAAGCAUCUUUGCUGCCAAAAUGGGAGGGGAAGGAAGCGCUCCAAAGACCUCCUAUGUUCGUCGGGUAGUUGGAGGAAGCCGUGCAGUAACCCUCCUCCAAGUUGAGCCUCCGUUUGUGGUGGUGGUGGUGCUGGAGAUGGUUGACGUGCCCGUCCUUGGUUGUUUUUGCGUUGUCGUUUGGGGGGAGUUUCUCAUUGUUGGGUUUGGCGGCGAUGACGAUAAGGAGCCUUCACUUUGGCAUGUGAGGCUGAUGGUUGCAUGGUCUUUUGUUUAGCUUUCCCCAUUCCUACGAAAACCAACUAAGCACAUUUAGUCUUUAGUGAAUGAGAGGGAAAAGAAUUAUGCAUAAGUAUAAGUGACACGCUAAAACACAACACCAAACUGCGACCAAGUGUAAUCGCAGUCCGGAAAUGCAGUAACAGGCAAGCUCUAAUUGUCAAUUCGAGGUCUAAAUCUACUGCUCACUCCGUGUAUAUUUUUUAUCUAGCAAACUAAGUCGAUUGAUUAUGGUUUUAACUAAAAGCAGUAAGAAAGCAGGAAGUGGUUCGGUUUUCUAAAGCCAAGGAAGAGUCACUCAGGAAUGAGUCCCCCUAGCUCCUUAGUUAGGUCUCGGUUGUAAUUACCCUGGGUUGAUUUACUGUUGAUUAAACUGCGGAAGAUCCGACGGUAGCUUGGAAUUUCUUAAGCUGACCAAGCCCUCUUAAGCAGGCUAAUCGGCAGGCGACUAACCUUCAUCGGGAUAGACUGCUGAGGCAAUAAGCACAGAACUCCACUACUGGAAUUGGGUUCCAGUACAAAGCAGUAGAUUAAUUAACUCUCGUAUAACCAAUCUACCACUACCGAAUGAUGAAGCUCUAACAACCUAAUCAGAUUCUAUCUAUCUCAGGUUGCAGCAGUAAUCAAGAAAAGAUGAUCAUACUUCAAUUGAUUCAAUGAAUCAUGCAUCAUUCGAUUAAAACCAAACAGUAUAACAAUCCCAAGUCAUUACAAUCAAGAUCCUUAACACAUGGAACUAGGGUUCUUCACACCCAAGUGAGAGAAGGUUCUACUCCAUAGAGAGAGAGAGAGAGGCAAACAGAAUACAAAGCAGUCAUACUCAUAACAAUGGGAAGAAUCUGCUCUAGGAUUAUGAUCUUCACUCCAAGGAUGAUCUCCAAGCUUGAUUGAUGAAACCCAGCUCCAAAACCAGUCUUAGGGGGUGUUCUUCGCACUUUCUCUCUCUAGGGCUCUGUUUUUGCUCCAAAAAAUCGAUUCCCUCACUUUUUGCCCGAAAUUGGGUUAAAACCGAGAAAUUCUCGACCACACGGCCGUGUGGAAAUCCCAACUGCCUGUGUGAGCUCCCUAGACUUUCCACAUGGCCACAAAGGGUCCCCUACACGGCCAGUGUUGCUUGCCCGUGCAAAAUGAUGCCACACGGCCAAGUCACACGACCGUGUGGGAUUUUAGGCAUGCUCGUGUGGCUUCCUCAGCCUCUCGCCAAACGUCCAAUCUUCGUCCAAUCGACCCUGAACUCGUUCCCAAACCUUCAUUCGCGUACUAGGACCUGAAAUAUCACAAACAAGAACAACCUAGCGUGAAAUUGGCCUUAAACACGAGAAAUAAGACUCAAACAGUAUG